AUGAAGACGAGGAGUUUCGAUUUUUUUUUAUUUCUCCUAACUUCCUUAGCAUUUAUAAAUUUAUCACUUGCCUCCUAUCCAUGUGCCAAGAAAGAUUUUGGACAUGAUUCUGUGGUGUGUGUAUGUAACAGUACAUUCUGUGAUACUGUAGAACCAGUGGUCAAUCCUGGCAGACAGAAAGGAUGGGUAUAUACCUCAUCAAAAACAGGAGAUAGGUUCAACAAGACAGGCUUUACUUUCACCAGCAAGUCACUCUACUCUACUAUAUUUACUAUCAAUAGAAAUAUAAGUUAUCAAACUAUCCAGGGUUUUGGUGGGGCGUUUACUGAUGCUGCUGGUAUAAAUAUACUGAGCUUACCGGUACCAGUUCAGGAGAAACUAUUACAGUCUUAUUACAGUCCACAAGGUAUAGAAUAUACUAUUGGACGUAUUCCAAUGGCUAGUUGUGAUUUUUCUACUCAUCCCUAUUCUUAUGAUGAUUACUCCAUGGAUUUUCAGUUGACCAAUUUCUCUUUAACCAUGGAAGAUAUAAAAUAUAAAAUCCCAAUAAUCCAGAAAGCCUUAUCCAUGUCUGCCCGGAAUAUGUCUAUAUUUGGAAGUCCAUGGAGUGCACCAGCCUGGAUGAAAACUAAUAAAAAUAUGACUGGAAGAGGGUCACUGAUUGGUCAACCUGGAGGCAAAUAUUUUAAAACCUGGGCCAACUAUUUUGUCAAAUUUUUACAGGCAUAUCAGAGCCAUAAUAUAACACUCUGGGGAUUGACAGCACAGAAUGAACCUCUAGAUGGAGAACUACCCAGAUUUCCAUUUCAAUCAAUGGGCUGGACACCAGAGAUGCAGAGAGAUUUUAUAGUACAAGAUCUAGGACCAGCUCUUCAUGAUAAUGGAUUUGAAAAUGUUAAAUUGAUGAUAUUAGAUGAUCAGAGGUUUUUGUUGCCCAAAUGGUCAUCUGUUGUACUAUCAGACAAAGCAGCUAGUGCCUAUAUCUCAGGAAUCGCAGUACAUUGGUAUGCAGACGCCAUUUCCUCUCCUAGUGACUUAGACAAGGCACAUACUAACUUUCCUGAGAAGUUCCUGUUUGCUUCAGAGGCCUGUGAGGGUGAUCUCCCCUGGGAGAGACAUGUGGAUAUGGGAAGUUGGUAUCGAGCUGAAGCUUAUGGUCACUCUAUUGUACAGGAUAUGAACCAUUGGGUAACAGGUUGGACUGACUGGAAUAUAGCAUUAGAUAUGCAGGGUGGACCUAACUGGGUAUCCAACUUUGUUGAUGCCCCAAUAAUAGUGAAUAAAGAUAAGCAAGAGUUUUAUAAACAACCAAUGUUCUAUGCCAUGGGACAUUUUAGUAAAUUUGUAGUUCCUGGCAGUAAAAGAAUGGAUAUCAAGACACAAGGAUCAACUAAUUUAGAACUAACAGCUUUUAUAUCACCAGAUUCCUCCAUUGUACUUGUUAUAUUAAAUAGGCAUGAUACAGAGGAAGCUAUCAGUAUACAAGAUCCAGAGUUAGGUUAUCUGAAUACCAAAAUAUCUGCACAUACAAUACUGACAUUAGUAUGGUGGCAUUAG